GCACGGCGGCUGAGCGAAAACACGGACCUCUGUGGCAUCUUUAAACUUCAUAUGCCGCGAAUAAAACUUUUGCUUCAGCGUUCUCGCCAAACGAAACCACAUAAGAAUGGCUGUGUAUUUUGACCACCGCGUCGAGGCGCCAGACAGCAGCGGCUCUGCGACUCUUCUCGCGUGGCACUCGAGCCCGCCGCUCCUCGCGGUCGGUUCCGUUAACCCCGCCGCCGGAGGCAGCGUGGACAUCUACCUGCAACAGGGAGAGCAUGUAGGGUCGUGUCACGUCGAGCGGUCCGUCAGUCCGUCCCGGCUACGAUGGCACCCCACCAGAGCCCUUCUGGCGGUGGGUUGGGAGACGGGUGAGACCCUUCUGCUUACUCACCCGCAUGGAGAACACACACUCCUGCCCCCAGACACACACAGUGCCUGCAUCACACUGCUGGAAUGGAGUUCGAGUGGGGCCAGACUGGUCACAGGAGAUCAGGCCGGGGUUCUGGUCAUGUGGAAGGUGGAUGCAAGAGGGAAACUUCAUGGAACUCAUGUGAUGAAACAGCACUACCACAAUUCCUUAACCCACUGCAUCUUUAGACCCAUGCCACCCACGGAGGAUGUGACAUUGCUGGCGAGAGCUGCUGUCAGUGGCGAUGAGGAUGCUCUGGAUAAGUUUAACUGGAAGAAGAGCAGUAAAGGGGGUGGGGCUUUAUCUCCCGGGUCACAGGAUGGACUUUCCAUAUAUGCCAGCACAGCCGACGGGUGUGUGUACAGCUUGGAUGACCAGGGUCGCAGUGUGUGCCUACUCACAGUAGAGGGCAGAGUACAAAAUCUGUUCUAUUCAGAGCACAGAGCCAUUCUCGCAGUGGUUACAGACUCACUGCUGCUCUCCCAAUUCAGCCUCGGACCAGAAGGGGGCGCACAAGAGCUGAGCAAGGUGAAGUUGAGUGGGCGAGGAGGACCAAGUGCAGACAUUGUGUGGACAGAGGGCGGUUUGCUUGUCACAGCCUCUGGAGAACAGCACAUUAGGUUGUGGGACCUGGAGAGAGAUGAUAACUAUGUUCUGUCUCUGGAUGAGAAUCUGGGCUUUGAGAAAGGGGAGCUGCUGAACUGUGUGUCCUAUUGCACUAGCAAAGAUGUCCUUGCAGCAGGAACCAAUAGGGGCCGUGUUGCUUUGUGGCACAUGAUGACGUUCACCAAUCAGAAAGGAGACUCACAAAUUAAUUGGAAAUUGCAGACGCCCACUGAGCUGGAGGGGAAUAUCACACAGCUGCAGUGGGGGUCUAGUCUACACUUGCUGGCUGUGUGCUGCAGUGGUUCAGUGUUGAUUCUGUCGGAGCAUGUGAUGUGUUCCCACUACAGCCAGCAGGUGGCAGCAGUGCAGGUCACAUCCACGCACCUCAGCCUCAGUUACUUCAGCACGGACACACAGCUCACACUGCGCACGGACACACACAUCAAAGCCGUGCAGGUUGGCAAGGACACAGUGAGUGUCUGGGAUGGCAGAGGUGUAACAGUGUACGAGAUGUCAGGACAAGCCCUACGCCACACAGGUUCUUUCCAGUGUGAUUCUGCUGCUCUAGCGGUACAUGAGGAGAAUAUUUACACUGUGGAGCCUAACCGGGUACAGGUCCGCACACCACAGGGCACUGUAAAACAGCUGUUGGUGUUCUCUGAGGCAGAGGGGAACCCUGUGCUGUUAAGCGUGGGCGGCUCCUACCUGGCUGUGGCGACAGAUGCUGCCCAUGUCAGAGUCUUUGACCUGACACGCAGAGAGGCCAAGCCAUUAUGUAAUGCUAAAAAUAUGGCUGAACUCAUUCCUGAUCUGGGAGCUCUAAGAUCAGUCAAGUGCAAUGCCAGCGGCAACCAUCUUAGUAUGCUGGUUACACAGAUAAACGGACGUCCAGAUCACAAGGUUUACUUUUAUGACGUUGAGAUGGACACACUAUCUCACUUUGACUUCUUCACUGGCAGACCUCUCAGUGGCCUGUCUCAGCCAGAUGACACGCAGAGGACUCGCGGUAAUGAGGCGGAGCUUGCUGGCCGCUACCCAAUCUCUCAGUUCUGGGACGAGGCUGAACCCCGCCUCUUUGUGUGUGAAACAGCACUCGUGAAUUCUGAAUUCCACCUUGCCAGCCAGUCACAAACCAUGGACAAGGUGGAUGUAUUGGUGGUGACGUUCUUCAUCACCCAGGAGCACGGCCUCCUUCUACAGGACACACAGCCCAAGCCCCAUGCCCUACAGAGUCUGCUGGCACUAGACACACCUUACUACUACUACACUUGCAAGCUCUUAUUUCGGAGAGGUGGAGUCUUUCUCCCUCAUCCAGAAGAGUGUGAUGCCAAGAAGGAGAUGGAGCACUCAGCACCUCAUGCAGUUCCAGCCUCCCACCACAUGGUGGUACGGCAGGCUCUCCGUGACUUUGUUGGUUUGGAGAGCUGUGAGAAGCAGACCAGAGACGCCAUGCUUAACUUCAGCUUCUAUCUGACCAUUGGAGACAUGGAUGAGGCCUUCAGAGCCAUCAAACUCAUCAAGAGUGAGGCUGUGUGGGAGAAGAUGGCUCAGAUGUGUGUAAAGAGUCGUCGUCUGGAUGUGGCACGUGUGUGUUUGGGGAAUAUGGGUAACGCACGGGCAGCACGUGCUCUGAGAGAGGCUGAGAGGGAACCGGAACUGGAGGCACGCGUCGCCAUGCUCGCUAUACAGCUCGGCAUGCUGGAGGAGGCUGAGCAGCUGUACCGCUCCUGUGGGCGGUUUGAUCUGUUGAAUAAGCUUUACCAGGCAGAGGGCAAGUGGCAGCUGGCAGUGGAGACAGCAGAGACCCACGACCGCAUCCACCUGCGCACCACCUACUACAACUAUGCCCAGCACUUAGAGGCCACAGAAGACAAGACCCUUGCACUUGCUUAUUACGAGCGUUCUGACACACACCGGUUUGAGGUUCCUCGCAUGCUGAUGGAGGACAGUGUGUCAUUGGAGAUCUACAUCAACAAGAUGAAAGACAAAAGCCUGUAUAAGUGGUGGGGACAUUACCUGGAAAGUCAAUCAGACAUGGAGUCUGCGUUGCGUUACUAUGACUACGCACAGGACUACCUUUCUCAAGUGCGUGUGCACUGCUACCUGGGGAACAUCCAAAAGGCCAGCGAGAUUGCCAACAGCACGGGCAACAGGGCGGCGUCCUAUCACGUGGCGCGGCAGUAUGAGAGCCAGGAGAUGAUCAGCCAGUCGGUGCAUUUCUACACACGUGCUCAGGCCUACAACAACGCCAUCCGCCUGUGUAAGGAGAACAACAUGGAUGAACAGCUGAUGAACCUGGCGUUGCUUAGCAACCCUGAGGACAUGAUGGACACAGCCUGCUAUUACGAGGAGAAAGGAGUGCACAUGGACCGUGCAGUAAUGCUUUAUCACAAGGCAGGUCAUGUUUCUAAGGCUCUGGAACUGGCCUUUGCCACAGAGCAGUUUGGGGCAUUGCAGCUGAUUGCAGAGGACCUGAAUGAGACCAGUGACCCCACCCUCCUGGCACGCUGCUCUGAUUUCUUCAUCAAACACUCACAGUACCAAAAAGCUGUGGAACUGCUAGUGGUAGCGAAGAAGUAUCCCGAGGCCCUGCAGUUGUGUUUGGAGCAGAAUUUGACCAUCACAGAGGAUAUUGCUGAGAGCAUGACCGUGUCCCGAGGGUCCGCCCACCUGUCAGAGGAGGAGCGUAAAGAACUGCUGGAGCGAAUCGCAGACUGCUGCAUGCGCCAAGGCAACUAUCAUCUAGCAACCAAGAAGUACACACAAGCUGGUAAAAAGACAAAGGCUAUGCGGGCACUCUUGAAGUCGGGCGACACAGAGAAGAUCGUGUUUUUCGCAGGCGUGUCUCGGCAGAAGGAAAUCUACAUAAUGGCGGCUAACUACCUGCAGUCUCUGGAUUGGCGGAAAGAUCCGGAGAUCAUGAAGAACAUCAUUGGCUUCUACACCAAAGGGCGCGCCCUGGAUCUACUGGCCGGCUUCUAUGAGGCGUGUGCACAGGUGGAGAUUGAUGACUAUCAGAACUAUGAGAAGGCACUGGGUGCCCUGACGGAGGCAUGUAAGUGUCUGUCUAAAGCCAAGAGCCGCACUGGAGGAGACGCAGAGGAACGACUCACAGAGCUCACACACAGAAUUACACUCGUCCGAAGAUUUAUACAGGCACGCAGUUUGUAUGAGGAGGACCCUUCUGGAGCUGUACAGGAGUGUGAAUCUCUACUGGAGGAGGCAGACCUGGACCCAGCUGUGCGUGUGGGGGACGUGUUCGGGUUUCUCAUAGAGCAUCACUGCCAGCAGGGCAACCACCAGAAGGCUUGGGCCAGUCUUGAGGAGCUGAGGCGUCUGUACCCAACAGUAAACGUCAGUGUAUAUGUAAGCCAGCGCAGUCUGGAGUCUCUGCAGAAUGCUGGAGUUCGCCUCAGCCAUUCGGAGACCACACACACACACCGUGACACCGAUGGCACACACACUCACAGCAACGAAGAGAAUGAGGAGGAUGAGGUGGAGGAGGAUGAAAACCUCGACAACUGAGAAGUGUCACAAUAUUCCAAACUACACAUGCACAAUCCUACAUGCAUGUGUACAUCCAGUGAUAACAGGUCAACUGCACUGGCAGGGGUCACAUGUAGUUAAAUAGUGUAUGUGUAUGAGGGAGUGUGUGUGUCUGUGUUUGUGUGAUGUUAAUCUCCAGGUUGCCUUAAACAGUUGUUUAACUGUUGUUUAUAACUUCAGGAAUGGAGACUGGACACUCCAGGCACUUCCCUCCAACCAUAAACACACACACACUCUGCAGUUUGAGGGCUAGGUGUAUGUGUCUUAUUUGUCACUUAUUUUUUUCAGUUGUAUUCCAUAUGGUAGUUUUAUAUAUUUUUGAAAUUAUUAAUGGGCACACACAAGAUGUUUAAUAUUUUGUAUAUCUUGUAUAGC